ACAAGCAUGUGGCUGAUAAUAAUGCUGAAACAUGGAGGCUGCAAGUCGUGUGUGACUUUUGAGAGCGAGAAAUGUGGCCGUUUGUAUUUGUAAGACAUCGCGUUUGUUUGAAUAUUGUUUUUCUAUAAAUGAGUAAGCUUUAAAAUUGAUCUCCAUGCUUAAAUCAGCUUAGGUCUUAUGUCAAUGGAAUGUCCUCUGGAGGAUUUAGUAAGUAAAUUACUUCUACUUCUAGUCAGUUUAUUUUUUUCAAGUGUAUAGUUUGCCCAAGUUGUAGCAGCACGUCCGUUUAUAACCGCUUCAUCCCGAAGUUUCGCGCAUUUUGUCUUAUUACACGAGUUAUAGUUAAGGAAGUGGGCUGUAUUAACAGGGAUGCCAUGCUUUAAACCUAGAGGAGGUUUCCGGAACACAAGUAGCGUGAAAUUUUGCAUUAACUUUCCCCCCCCUCUUUGACCGAAAUUAUUCGCACAGUUAUUGUGUGAUUUAAUAAUUUAAAUCGACUGAAUUAGGGGGGGAAAAUCAACGUAUGUCGGACAGGGUCACUGGAGACACCGACUUAAUUUGAGUUGCUGCUGUGUACGGAUCAGAUUCGCUCGAAUCGUUUAGGUUUUCCAGAUAAAAUGUUGCUGUCUCUGGUCGUGCACACGUACUCGUUGCGGUACUGGCUUCCAGCAGCGGUGAUGCUGGGCACCGCUCCUGCUUAUCUGCUGUCCUGGAGCGCCUGGCGGCUGCUGUCCGCAAUGCUACCGUCCAGACUCUACCACACUGUGGAUGACUGUGUGUAUUCAGUAUAUCAGAGUAUGGUCCUGUUCUUCUUCGAGAAUUACACAGGAGUGGAGAUUGUCAUUUAUGGGGACAUACCAAAGAAGAAAGAGAAUGUGGUUUACCUGUCAAACCAUCAGUCCACAGCGGAUUGGAUCAUUGCUGACAUGUUAGCCAUUCGACAAAAUGCACUUGGACAUGUAAGAUAUGUCUUGAAAGAUGGUCUGAAAUGGCUUCCUUUGUAUGGAUGGUAUUUUUCACAGCAUGGAGGUGUGUAUGUGAAGAGAAGUGCCAACUUUGAUGAGAAAGCCAUGAAAAAGAAAUUAUAUUCUCAGACCAAACUGGGUACACCUAUGUAUCUUGUCAUCUUUCCAGAGGGAACCCGCUUCAACCCUGAGCUCCAAAAAGUUAUCAGUGACAGUCAGGCUUUUGCUACUAAAGAAGGACUUGCUGUGCUGAAGCAUGUUUUAACACCAAGAAUGAAAGCAUCGCACGUUGCCAUUGAGACUAUGAAGGAACACCUGGAUGCUGUCUAUGAUAUAACGGUUGCAUAUGAGAAAACACUCACAGCAACCGGCCAAAGACGUCCAGCUCCUACAAUGCCAGAGUUCCUGUGCAAAGAAUGCCCCAGGGUGCACAUCCACUUCAACCGCUUGGACAUGAGGGAAAUUCCUGUCGAGCCAGUGUUUUUCCGCAGAUGGCUACACGAAAGAUUUGAAAUCAAGGACAAGCUUCUGACAACUUUCUAUGAAUCUGAAGACCCUGAGAAACUGUGCAGAUUCCCUGGGGAAAGCCAAAAGUCACCUCUUAGUUUUACAAAGACAUUGCCUCCUUUGUUGAUUUUGGGUGGCCUCACUUUACCAAUGCUGUUAACAGAGUCUGGUAGAAAACUCUAUCUUAAUACCUGGCUCUAUGGGACUUUGAUUGGAUGGGUAUGGGUAAGUGUAAGCCCGUAAACUAAAAAAAAAUCCAUUCUGACCACUCGGAUGACAUUCUUAGAUUUCAGAAUUGGAUUCUUCAUUUUUCACCACAGUUUCUUUUUGGCUCAUAGUAUACUACUAACAAAGAGGUUUUUAUAUUUUUGUUUUAUUUCAUACUCUAAAAGUAUUACUGUAUCACUGUUUGCACUGCAAACAAACUUUGAGAUGCAAAAAAAAAAAUUCAAUUUGUUAGCACAAUAUGCUUACAACAUUGUAGACAGAUAUUCCUAAUUGGAUUUAUAAGAGAAAUGUUUGGUUUGUUUUGUUUUGAUGUCAUCAUUCAUGUAGACCCAAUGUGAUGUGAGGGUUUCCACACAAUAUGAGUUUAACUCUGAUCUGAAAUGCACAAAUAGAUAUCAAUAUGUAACACAGAUGCAAUAUUUUGAGUAUAACCAUAGCAGUCUUGAAACAUUUGUUGUUUAACCAUAUCAAUUGGCCAUGAGGAUCCACGUGUUUAAAUUUCCAAUAUGCAAUAUUUUUCUUUAUUUGUAUGAUUUAUAUGGUUCUGAAUAUGGUUUCUCACAUUAAUAGUUUUUACAUGAUCUGCAUUUCAUCAGAAUGUUCUGGAGAAUAUUUAGGGUAUUUUAUUAUUUUGGUCACAUUUUGUAAUGCAGCAGAUUUUUAUGCAUUUGUUUUUGGUUGUGUGUUUACAUCAGUUAUACUUUUGAUUUGAUGCCAAAAUCUAAAAAGCCUGUCAUGUGUUUUUUAUUGUAAGCAUUUGUACUGUUGCUAAAUAUUCCCCUUAUAGAUGGCAAAAUUCCUGGUUGCAGGGGUAUUAACUAUUUUUCUGUCAAAAAUAAAGAAACAUUUUUUUUUUAA